AUGCGCUCUACCACAGCGACCGCAGCGGCGCUUCUGCUGUCUUCGAAAGCAUGGGCUUUUCUAAGCGCGAGUCAGAACAACCAAAGUCUGACCAUUGCCAAUGACCGUCUUGUUGCGUCGGUAAGCAAGACACGAGGAUACAUCAACGUCCUUACGCUGGACGGACAAAACCUCCUCGGGACGGAAGAUGGCAACACUGGAGUCGGUCCAUAUCUCGACUGUUACUGCACUCCAUCUGGCUUCUGGACACCGGGCCGGGGAAGCAAUGUUCAGUACCAGCUGUUCAACGGCAGAGACUCUACUAAUACUUCGUAUGGGGGUAUCAGCAUGGGCGAGACAUACGCUCCGACCGGUCAGAGGCUAGAGCAGUACUGGUUUCUGAGAGAAGGAGAAACAGGUCUGCAUACAUUCAGCCGCGUAGUAUACAACAACAAGACUACUCCCUUUUUACGCAACUUGCAAGAGUUUCGCACACUGUUCAGGCCAAACCAUGAACCCGCGCUCUUCACGCACUUCGUUACCAACGAGAAGUUUGCUGCACCCCGCCCAGAUACCGAAGGACAAGUCACUGUUCAAGAUGCUACAUGGUGGCUGGCCAACAAAGAAGAUCCAUACGUUACCGGCGUAGGAGACUACUUCACCAAGUACACCUUCCAAGACACAUGGCGCGAUCACAAGGCCCAUGGUAUGUACGCCGACGGUACUGGUAGCGCCAAUGGCUCAACCUACGGCGCCUGGCUUGUGCACAACACCGUCGAGACUUAUUUCAACGGCCCUGUCCAUUCCGACCUCGUGGUCGAUGGCAUCGUAUACAACUACAUGGUCUCCAACCACCAUGGCGAUCAAACGCCCAACAUCACCGAUGGCUUCGACCGUACCUUUGGGCCGCAGUACUUCCACUUCAACUCCGGCGGCUCGCUAGAAGAGCUCAGAGAAGAUGCCGAACAGUAUGGUCUCCGUCCGGAAUGGAACGCCGACUUCUACGAUUCCAUCGCAAAGCACGUGCCAAACCUCGUCCCGACAUCCGGUCGCGGUACCUUGAACGCAAAGAUCAACCUGCCCGCCGGAGCCAAGAACCCCAUCGCCAUACUCACAGAGAGCGGCCACGACUUCCAAGACAACGUCUUCGACACAAAAGCUUACCAAUACUGGGAAGACAUCUCUCCCGCCGGCGAAGUCACCAUUCCUCGAGUAAAAGCCGGAAACUACCGUCUCACAGUCUACGCUGACGGCAUCUUUGGCGACUACAUCCAAGACGACGUUCUCGUCUCAGCAGGAGAAGCUACUUCCAUAACCGCAACAUGGACCCCCGAGUCCGCCGGCAAAGAACUCUUCCGCAUCGGCACCCCCGAUAAAUCCUCAGGCGAGUACCGCCACGGCUACGCUCAAUCCCCUACCCAUCCCCUCCUCACAGAAGAAUACCGCCUCUACUGGGGCGCUUACGAUUUCAUCAACGAGUUCCCCGAGGGCGUGACGUAUAAAGUCGGUACGGAUGACGCGUCCCAAGCACUCAACUACGUGCACUGGGCUGUCUAUGGCGGAAAAGCGAACUACGAGCGUCCAGUACCUGUGCCUGAUCAUCCGUAUAACUGGACUAUUCUGUUCGAUGCCAAGGCGGAUGAACUAAGGAACAGGACUACAGCGACGUUUACGGUGCAGCUUGCGGGUGCGAAGACGGCGGCGGGGAAUACGGAUGUGUUUAACGCGAGUGAGCCGUAUUCGAAUCUGCCGUAUACGGUAAAUGUGAAUGGGGUGGAUCUUGAGCCUUGGAUUAUUCCAUACAACCAAUCCUCAUCCUGCGCCGUCCGCUCAGCAGUCAUAUGUUACAACCUCGCGCACAAAUUCCUUUUCCCUUCGUCCAUGCUGAAGGAAGGGGAGAACAGUUUGAUCCUCAGCUUACCGUACAACGGAACCAACUACGAGAGCGCUUUGUUGCCUGAAGCGGUCUAUGUGCAGUAUGACGCGAUGAGACUGGAAGUGAAGUAG